AGGUGUCAGCUAGGAAUGGGCCAUUUGUCAUCUUUAUGGGCAAGAGGAGAAACCUGGCUGAGCUGAAUCCCAGAGACAGAAUUAGAUUCAUGGGCAGGGCUCCUAAUGAGUGACCAAAUAUUGGUGUCAACUUGACAGAUCCUAUGUUCCGAGGAAUUUAUAGGGGGGUUCAGAAGCAUCAAGAUGAUUUACAGGAUGUAAUAGAGAGAGCUAUCCAGACUGGUGUUAAAAAGUUUAUGAUUACGGGUGGAGAUCUGCAAGACAGUAAAGCUGCACUGAAUCUGGCACAAACAAAUGAUAUGUUUUUCAGCACAGUUGGAUGUCAUCCUACAAGAUGUGGAGAAUUUGAAAAGAAUAAUCCUGACAUUUACUUAAUGGAAUUGCUAAAUCUUGCUGAAAACAAUAAGGGGAAGGUUGUAGCAGUAGGGGAAUGUGGACUUGACUUUGAUCGACUACAGUUUUGUCCCAGAGAUACCCAGCUCAAAUACUUUGAAAAACAAUUUGAACUGUCAGAAAAAUCAAAAUUACCAAUGUUUCUUCAUUGUCGAAACUCACAUACUGAGUUUUUAGACAUAAUGAAAAGAAAUAGAGAUCGGUGUGUAGGUGGGGUGGUGCAUUCAUUUGAUGGUACCAAGGAAGCAGCAGCUGCUCUGAUUGACUUGGAUCUUUAUAUAGGGUUUAAUGGUUGCUCACUGAAAACUGAGGCUAAUUUGGAAGUCUUGAAGUCAAUACCUAGUGAAAAAUUAAUGAUUGAAACUGAUGCACCUUGGUGUGGAGUCAAAAAUACACAUGCUGGAUCAAAAUAUGUAAAAACUUCAUUUCCUACAAAAAAGAAAUGGGAAAAUGGGCAUUGUUUAAAAGAUAGAAAUGAACCCUGUCAUAUAAUUCAAAUACUGGAGAUAAUGUCAGCAGUAAGAGAUGAAGAUCCACUUGAAUUAGCCAAUACACUCUAUAACAACACCAUUAAAUUAUUUUUUUCCUGAUACUGGUAUAUCUUCCAUUUUCCAUCAUGUAUGUAACAAUUUCAUGAUAAAACUGACUUUAAGUUUUAAUAAAGAAAAUUCUCUGGAUGUCAUCUAAA